UUUUUUUAGAUCAUGCCCCAAGAUCCUGCACCUCCUCCGGCGAAGAAAUUUAAGCCGGGGUCACCGCUCUUUCGUCUAAAUAGAAAACCUGGCAUGCUUCCACCUAGUAAAGAAAACACAUCUGUACCGGUGGAACUGCAACGUAAACACCUCCCUAUUUACCAGGCGAGAGAGCAGCUAAUCAACCAGCUCCGGCAGCUGCACAGUGCGGUCUUAAUAGGUGAGACGGGCUCAGGGAAGACCACGCAGAUUCCUCAGUACCUGUUCGAGGCGGGCAUCGGGAGGCAGGGCCUUGUUGCCAUCACACAGCCCCGCAGGGUGGCAGCCAUCUCCCUGGCAACAAGAGUGUCCGAGGAAAAGAGGUGUCAAUUAGGAAAACUGGUGGGCUACACGGUCCGGUUCGAGGAUGUCACCUCCGCAGAGACCAAGCUGAAGUUCAUGACGGACGGCAUGCUGCUGCGGGAGGCGAUCGGGGACCCCCUGCUGCAGCGCUACACCGUAGUGAUUCUGGAUGAAGCCCACGAGAGGACUGUGCACACAGACGUGCUGUUUGGGGUUGUGAAGGCAGCACAGAAGAAACGCAGGGAGCAGAACAAGUUCUCAUUGAAGGUGAUUAUUAUGUCAGCUACUAUGGAUGUAGACCUGUUCUCCCAGUACUUUAACAACGCUCCAGUGCUGUAUCUGGAGGGGCGGCAGCACCCCAUCAAGAUCUUCUACACAAAGCAGCCUCAGACUGACUACCUACAAGCUGCCCUGAUCUCCCUGUUCCAGAUCCAUCAAGAGGCUCCCUCUUCUCAUGAUAUCCUGGUGUUCCUGACCGGGCAGGAGGAGAUCGAGGCCAUGGCUCGCACCUGCAGAGACAUUGCUAAGCACCUCCCGGACAGCUGUGGGCAGAUGGUAGUGAUUCCACUGUACGCAUCCCUGCCUCACACACAGCAGCUGCGGGUGUUCCACACAGCGCCCAAGGGCUGUCGGAAAGUGAUUCUCUCCACCAACAUCGCAGAGACUUCCAUCACCAUCUCAGGAAUAAAGUUUGUCAUUGACACAGGGAUGGUAAAGGCGAAACGCUACAACCCAGACAGUGGAUUGGAGGUGCUGGCGGUUCAGAGGGUGUCGAAGGCCCAGGCCUGGCAGCGCACAGGGAGGGCUGGGCGGGAGGACAGUGGGGUGUGUUACCGGCUCUACACCGAGGACCAGUUUGACCAGUUCAACAACAUGACCGUGCCAGAGAUCCAGAGGUGCAACCUGGCCAGUGUGAUGCUGCAGCUACUGGCCCUGCGGAUCCCCAAUGUGCUUACCUUCGACUUCAUGUCCAAACCAUCACCAGAGGCUGUUCGAGCGGCCAUUGAGCAGCUGGAUUUAUUAGGCGCUGUCGAACGCAUGGAUGACCAGGUGACUCUCACACCAAUGGGAAAGAAAAUGGCUUCCUUUCCUCUGGAACCCAGGUUUGCGAAGACAAUCCUGCUGUCCUCGCAGUUCCACUGCACAGAGGAGGUGUUGACCAUCGUGUCCCUGCUCUCGGUGGACAGCGUGCUCUAUAACCCCCCCUCGCGCCGCGAUGACGUGCUGUCCGUCCGCAGGAAAUUCAUUUCCAACGAGGGAGACCACAUGACCCUGCUCAACAUCUACUGGGCCUUCAGAAACGUCAAGGGCAAUAAGGACUGGUGUCGAGAGAAUUUUGUGAACAGCAGGAACAUGGCUUUGGUGUCGGAGGUCCGAUCUCAGCUGAGAGAAACCUGUAUGAAGCUGGGAAUGGCGAUGGAGUCGUCUCGCACAGACACGGCCAACAUCCGCCGCUGCCUGGCACACGGGCUCUUCAUGAACGCCGCAGAGCUGCAGCCAGACGGGUCUUACUACACUCUGCACACCCACCAGCUGGUCUCCAUCCACCCCUCCUCAGUGCUCUUCCAGGGCAAGCCUGCCUACGUGGUGUUCAAUGAGCUGCUGCACACCUCCAAGUGCUACAUGAGGGACCUGUGCCUGGUGGACCCAGACUGGCUGCACGACGCGGCACCCCAAUACUUCCGCAGGAAACUCCGACUGCUCAAGAGCUAGUCUUCGAGAGCGCAGCCUUGGGGUUAGCUCUUCAGCAGCUGUCGGUCCUGAAACGGUCCUGAAAUGAAACGUGGACCCCAGUUUAGGGGGGUCAAAGAGUUUCUAUAGCAGAAGACCUGCGUUUGUGUGGCGUCAAGGAGAGUUGUUCUACAGGAUUUUGGGUGUGCUUACAGGAGUUUCUACUGACACACAAUCCAGGCACCCAGGUUUUUUUUUUUUUUUUCAUGAUUUGAAAACCGAUUAAUUAAAAGGAAUUCAUCGGAUUAAUAUCUUAAACCUGUUUUGGUGCAGGUACGAGGAAGCGGUCAAUAUCGUAACUUAACAAUUUUGUAAUACAGUGAAUACGAUACAGAGUUCUUGUUGUUACACUCUUUGACGUAUAAAGAAGUUGUGAAAUUUU